AUGGCUCCAAGCACAAUCAGAAAAGCCAUAGGAGCAGUGAAGGACCAGACCAGCAUAAGCCUAGCAAAAGUUGGAAGCAGUAACUCACUAGGAGACCUUGAAGUAGCCAUUGUGAAGGCAACAAGACACGAUGAAUACCCAGCAGAAGAGAGACACAUACGUGAAAUACUUAGCUUAACAUGCUAUUCACGUGCAUAUAUAAGCUCUUGUGUGAACACCCUCUCUAGGCGCCUCAGCAAGACUAAGAAUUGGAUUGUGGCACUUAAAACACUUAUGUUGAUCCAAAGGCUACUCUCUGAUGGUGAUCCUGCGUAUGAGCAAGAAAUCUUUUUCUCAACUAGGCGCGGCACGCGUCUUCUUAACUUGUCAGAUUUCCGCGACAUUACACAUUCAAAUUCAUGGGAUUAUUCUUCGUUUGUAAGAACGUAUGCAUUGUAUCUUGAUGAAAGGCUUGAGUUUAGGAUGCAAAGCCGGAGGGGAAAACGCAGUGCUUUCGCAUUAGAAGAUGAUGAUGAGGAAGCUAGCCAACAUAACCAGGCACCUCCAAGAGCUACACCAGUGCGUGAGAUGAAGAAUGAACUUAUAUUUUCAAGGAUGCAGCAUUUGCAACAGCUUCUUGAGCGACUCUUAGCAUGUCGCCCUACAGGUGAAGCAAAGAACAGCCGAGUUGUGAUAGUGGCUCUCUACCCCAUUGUGAAAGAGAGUUUCCAAAUAUACUAUGACAUAACAGAAAUAAUGGGUAUCUUAGUAGACCGCUUCAUGGAGCAAGAGGUCCAAGACUGUGUGAAGAUCCACGAGAUGUUUUGCCGAGUUGGCAAACAGUUUGAUGAGCUCGACAUGUUCUAUGCCUGGAGCAAGAGCAUUGGGAUUGCACGCUCUUCUGAGUACCCAGAGCUUGAGAAGAUUACCCGAAAAAAACUUGAGAUAAUGGACGAAUUCAUAAGAGACAAGUCAGCUUUGGCAGAAUGCAAAAAAUCAAAGCCUCAACAAGAGGAGCAAAAGGAAGUGCCUGUGGAAGAAAAUGUAGAAGAUAUGAAUGCUAUAAAGGCUCUGCCACCACCAGAGGGUUUUGUUGAAACCUCAGUUGUGGAAGAGAAAAAGGAAGUAGAACCAAUAAAGAAAGAGGAAAAAGAAACCAAAAUUACACAACAAGAAGGUGAUUUGUUGAACUUAGGAGAAGGUACAAUUACUAGUGAAGAACAUGCUGAUAAAUUAGCCUUAGCCUUAUUUGAUGGGGGUGCACAACCAACAAAUCAAGCACCAGCUCUUGCAUGGGAAGCCUUCAAUGAUGAGAAUGCAGACUGGGAAUCAACAUUGGUACAAUCAGCGAGCAAUCUGUCAGGGCAGAAGCCAUCACUUCCAGGUGGUUUUGACAUGCUAUUGCUUGAUGGCAUGUAUAAACAGGCAGAAACAAAUGCAGCAAUUCAGGGUCCUGGCUCUGGGGUUACUGGAAGUGCAAGCAGUGUUGCACUUGGUUCAGCUGGAAGGCCAGCAAUGCUAGCAUUGCCGGCACCAGCAUCACCCGAAGGCAGCUCAGCUAUUACUAGUAGUGCAGACCCUUUUGCAGCCUCAUUGGCAGUGGCACCGCCGCCUUACGUGCAAAUGUCAGAUAUGGAGAAGAAGCAGAGGCUGUUGGUGGAUGAACAAUUGAUGUGGCAGCAGUAUGCUAAGGAUGGGAUGCAAGGACAGCUUGGAAUUGCAAAGAUGCAGCAACACAAUCCUUACAACAUGGGAGGUUACACACAGAGCUAUUGA